GGCCGGGGGUGGGUGACGCGCAGUGUUUUGGCCCGGACGGUCACAUGUUUCCUUUGUUGUGAGCUGCGGCAGAGCCUGGUGGCCUAAGGAGACUCGGGCGCUGGACGGGGUACUGCGCGGUCGGCCGCCGAGGGACUACAAGGGCGACCGCCACUAGCUGCUUCUAGCCUUCACCGAGAGGUACCCGGGGAUGACAGCUCCGGGGCCAGCCGAAAGGCGAGGAACCGGUGUGGAAAUUAAAAGAACAAUUAUCUUGACUGGGUCUUUGAUCAAACAAAUGCUGAAAAGCAACAUAAGGAAGAUCCUUAUAAUUUCUCAACAAUUAUAGCCAACUGAUGUAACAAUGGUACUAAUAUUGGGACGAAGACUAAACAGAGAGGAUCUUGGGGUGCGUGACUCCCCAGCAACCAAGCGUAAAGUUUUUGAAAUGGACCCUAAAUCUCUGACAGGCCAUGAGUUUUUUGACUUCUCCUCAGGAUCAUCGCACGCUGAAAACAUCCUUCAGAUAUUUAAUGAGUUCCGAGAUAGCCGACUCUUCACAGAUGUUAUUAUUUGUGUGGAGGGAAAGGAGUUUCCUUGUCAUCGAGCUGUUCUCUCAGCUUGUAGUAGCUACUUCAGAGCCAUGUUUUGCAAUGACCACAGGGAAAGCCGAGAGAUGUUGGUUGAGAUCAAUGGUAUUUUAGCAGAAGCCAUGGAGUGUUUUCUGCAGUAUGUGUACACUGGGAAGGUGAAGAUCACUACAGAGAACGUGCAAUACCUCUUUGAAACAUCCAGCCUUUUUCAGAUCAGCAUCCUCCGUGAUGCUUGCGCCAAGUUCUUGGAGGAGCAACUUGAUCCUUGUAAUUGCUUAGGAAUUCAGCGUUUUGCUGAUACCCAUUCACUCAAAACACUCUUCACAAAAUGCAAGCAUUUUGCAUUGCAGACUUUUGAAGAUGUGUCCCAGCAUGAAGAAUUCCUUGAGCUUGACAAAGAUGAACUUAUUGAUUAUAUCUGUAGUGAUGAACUUGUUAUCGGUAAAGAAGAGAUGGUGUUUGAGGCUGUCAUGCGUUGGGUCUAUCGAGCUGUGGAUCUGAGAAGACCACUGUUACAUGAACUCUUGACACACGUGAGGCUCCCUCUGUUGCACCCCAAUUACUUUGUUCAGACAGUUGAGGUGGACCAGUUGAUCCAGAAUUCUCCUGAGUGUUACCAGUUGUUGCAUGAAGCAAGACGGUAUCACAUUCUUGGGAAUGAAAUGAUGUCCCCAAGAACUAGGCCACGCAGGUCAACUGGCUAUUCUGAGGUGAUAGUAGUUGUUGGAGGCUGUGAACGAGUUGGCGGAUUUAACCUUCCAUAUACUGAGUGCUAUGAUCCUGUGACGGGAGAGUGGAAGUCUCUGGCUAAGCUUCCAGAAUUUACCAAAUCAGAGUAUGCGGUCUGUGCUCUGAGAAAUGACAUUCUUGUUUCAGGUGGAAGAAUCAACAGCCGAGAUGUCUGGAUUUAUAACUCACAGUUAAAUAUAUGGAUCAGAGUGGCCUCUCUAAAUAAAGGCAGGUGGCGUCACAAGAUGGCUGUCCUCCUUGGCAAAGUAUAUGUUGUUGGAGGCUAUGAUGGGCAGAACAGACUUAGCAGUGUCGAAUGUUACGAUUCCUUUUCAAAUCGAUGGACUGAAGUUGCUCCCCUUAAGGAAGCAGUGAGUUCUCCUGCAGUGACAAGCUGUGUGGGCAAACUGUUUGUGAUUGGAGGUGGACCUGAUGACAAUACUUGUUCUGAUAAGGUUCAGUCUUAUGAUCCAGAAACCAAUUCUUGGCUACUUCGUGCAGCUAUUCCAAUUGCUAAAAGGUGCAUAACAGCUGUAUCCUUGAACAACCUGAUCUAUGUUGCUGGUGGACUGACCAAAGCAAUAUACUGUUAUGAUCCAGUUGAAGACUACUGGAUGCAUGUACAGAAUACAUUCAGCCGACAGGAAAACUGUGGUAUGUCUGUGUGUAAUGGUAAAAUAUAUAUCCUGGGUGGAAGACGGGAGAAUGGAGAAGCCACAGACACUAUUCUCUGCUAUGAUCCUGCAACAAGUAUCAUCACAGGCGUAGCUGCCAUGCCCAGGCCAGUGUCCUAUCAUGGCUGUGUGACUAUUCACAGAUACAACGAGAAGUGCUUUAAACUCUGAAGCCCAGGAUACCUCACCCAGGAAGCCACACCAAGCCCAAAUGAGAAGGUCAAACUCCAGAAUGGGAACUUGACGUAUUUCCUUUGUGCCAUAUACAAAAAGUAGUAAAAUAAUAAUUGUGGUGCCUUUCUUCUCAAAACAUAAAUCUUUCAAACUGUAAAGGAAGCCUUUCCCUAUAAUUGAAAAAAAAAAA